AUGAUAAUGGUCCUUGCCCUCAUCAUCCUGGAGAAUUUUGUCAAGUACAGGGGGAUUGCAACAGGAAUCCAGUACGCAGGAGGAAUGGCGUCAGGAAUUUUCUUCCCCAAGUCCCUCCUUUUCCUACGCGACCAGUACGGCUUUCGAGGAAUGCUUCUUAUUACUGGAGGUCUUUUGAUGCACGCCACGCUAUUCAGCUUCCUACUGAAACUGUCAAGUAGCUCAAAGAAACACACUUCACCUAAAAUCAGUUCCGCAAACGGUGGUCCCGACCUCUUAGUACCCAAUCGUGUGAAUGAUUCUGCCUUGACAAAUGGCGCGACUAACAAUUCUUGCAAAGACGAUGAACGGAGGAGCUACUCUCUGUCGUUGCUCAUGUUUGCUCAGCCCAUGUUUUACGUCAUAUUUUGUUCAGCCGUCACCAUGCAUUACACUCAGCACGUCUUCACAUCGACAAGCGUGGACUUGGCCAUUGACAGGGGCUCGAACCUCCGGAAGGCUGCUUUUAUCCCCGUCACUGCAUCCGCGUCUGGUAUAUUAGGUCGCACGUUACUUCCUCUGCUGGCGGACACGAAUUAUUUGGGAAGUAGAAGCCUCGUGAUGUACUGUCACUUUUUUCUAGGACUUUUCAUGAUCCUCCUUGCUCAGGUCUCAUCAUUUGAGCUUCUUCUGUUGGCGUCAUUAUGUGGCUCAAUGUGUUUUGCUUGUGGUAUUACUAUGAAGACAGUCCUGAUGGCUGACUGCGUUGGAAUAGAUGCCGUCGGCGUUUGUUGCGGGGUCGCCGGGUUAGGGAUCUUGCCACUCUUUAUCGGAGAUCCAUGGAUUGUUGGUUUUUUUCGUGAUUCAAUGGGGAGUUACGACAACCUCUACCACCUUUUGGGAGGAUUGAACAUCUUCGUCGGCCUAAUAUUGUGUCUUGGUGUUUGUUAUCAACGUAAACAUCUAGAAGGCUGGAAGACUUAUGAAUAA